AUGGAGGAGUUCGUGCGUGUGGAGGGCGUUUUGGUGGAGCUGCUGUCGAAUGGGAAGAGUGUGGAAGUGGAGGUGGAGAGAGAAGAGCGAGUUCCGAUCGUGGCGUCGUUUGUGGAGAAGGAAGGAAGGGAAGUGGGGAAUGGGGAGUGCAGACGGGUGAAGAAGGUGAAGGAGAACGAGUUCGAGGUAGGGGAAGCGUUGGCGGCGCUGCCGGAGACGAAGGAAGGAAUGGAGGAGGAAGUGAUGCGAAGGUUGCGGCGAUCGGGGUUUGAGGAUGUGUGUGUGGAGGGCUCGAAGUUUGUGAUUCCGUCGAAGCGAAUUUGUGUCUAUCAAGAUGGGAAUCGAUUGGUGAUUGAAAGUGAGAGCAAACCCGAUGAAUCGGUCCAUUCAGCGAUUCGAUCUUCUCUUUGUACCAUUUGGAAUGUUUGUAGCAAACAGAUUUCCUUGAUUCAUUCAUUCAUUCACUCAUUCAUUCAAUGA